CCUGGGCUGGGAGCGGUCUCCGGUUUUUAGACAAAUCUCUCCUCCUACCACACGUGACCGAAUGGCAAUCAGCCGCCAAGAGAGACACCGCAACGCAUCAGCCGCGGGAUACAAAGGCUCGGCACUGCCGCCGCAUCCACGGGAGGAUCGCGGAGCCUCCCGCGCUCGGCGUCUGCGGAGCCUGCGCAGGGAGCACCUCCGAGGCGCGCCGCUCCCGGGUCCGCAGGGCGGUGCCGCGCUGCGCGGGGAGCAGGAGCGGGGAGCGCGCGCCGCCUGCCCUGAGCGCCUGCCCACCCAGCGCCGCCGGAGCAGGGGCGCCGCACCGCACGCAGCCGAGCGGCGCCACAGCCGCCGCCGCCGUCGCCGCAGCUAGGCCCUCGGCCGUCACAGGGAGCCCCGCAGCGACGUGGACCAAGGUGUAUGUGGAAUUUGAUGAUCUUGAAUGGGAUAAACGAGAGUGGGUUAAAGUUUAUGAAGAUUUUUCAACUUUCUUGGUGGAAUACCACUUAAUCUGGGCCAAAAGGAAUGACCCUAGCCAGACUCAGGGAUCAAAGAGCAAACAGAUUCAGUGGCCUGCAUUGACUUUCAAACCUCUGGUUGAAAGAAGUAUACCCAGUUCAGUCACUGCAGUAGAAUUCCUUGUAGAUAAGCAACUGGAUUUUUUAACUGAAGACAGUGCCUUUCAGCCCUACCAGGACGACAUAGACAGCCUAAACCCAGUUCUCAGGGACAACCCGCAGCUUCACGAGGAAGUGAAAGUCUGGGUAAAGGAACAAAAGGUUCAGGAGAUUUUUAUGCAAGGCCCUUAUUCCUUAAAUGGAUACAGAGUGAGAGUAUAUAGACAAGACUCUGCCACCCAGUGGUUUACUGGCAUAAUUACUCAUCAUGAUCUCUUCACCCGCACCAUGAUCGUUAUGAAUGAUCAGGUACUAGAACCACAGAAUGUCGAUCCUUCUAUGGUUCAAAUGACCUUUCUAGAUGAUGUUGUUCACUCUUUGUUAAAAGGUGAAAAUAUUGGCAUUACAUCACGACGCAGGUCUCGUGCCAAUCAAAACGUCAACGCUGUUCACAGCCAUUAUACACGUGCCCAAGCAAAUAGUCCCAGACCAGCAAUGAACUCCCAAGCUGCUGUACCAAAACAGAAUAUGCACCAGCAACAGCAACAAAGAAGUAUCCGUCCAAAUAAGAGGAAGGGCUCAGAUAGCAGUAUACCAGAUGAAGAGAAGAUGAAGGAGGAAAAAUAUGAUUAUAUAUCACGAGGAGAAAAUCCUAAAGGUAAAAACAAACACUUGAUGAAUAAAAGAAGGAAACCUGAGGAGGAUGAAAAGAAACUAAAUAUGAAAAGACUUCGAACUGACAAUGUUUCAGACUUUUCUGAGAGCAGUGACUCAGAAAAUUCAAAUAAGAGAAUAAUAGAUAAUUCCUCAGAACAGAAGCCAGAGAAUGAAUUGAAAAAUAAAAAUACUUCAAAAAUAAAUGGAGAAGAAGGAAAACUCCAUAAUAACGAGAAGGCAGGAGAAGAGACCCUAAAAGAUAGCCAGCCUCCCUGGGAUCAAAUACAGGAAGAUAAAAAACAUGAAGAAGCAGAGAAGCGGAAGUCUGUUGACACUCAGCUUCAAGAAGAUAUGAUUAUGCAUUCGUCAGAACAGUCCACAGUUUCUGAUCAUAAUUCUAAUGAUUUACUUCCUCAGGAAUGCAAUAUGGAUAAAACACAUACCAUGGAAUUGCUACCAAAGGAGAAGUUUGUAUCCAGACCACCCACACCAAAAUGUGUUAUUGAUAUUACAAAUGACACUAAUUUAGAAAAGGUGGCUCAGGAAAACUCAAGUACCUUUGGCCUUCAGACCCUUCAGAAAAUGGAUCCUAAUGUUAGUGAUUCAAAACACUCUAUUGCAAAUGCAAAAUUCUUGGAAACAGCAAAACAAGAUUCUGACCAGAGCUGGGUCAGUGAUGUAGUUAAAGUGGAUCUAACCCAGUCAAGUGUUACAAAUGCUUCUUCAGGAAAUGAUCACUUGAACAUGGAAAAAGAGAAGUAUGUCUCUUACAUUUCUCCUUUAAGUGUAGUUUCUGUCAUGGAAGAUAAGCUGCAUAAGCGAAGUCCACCUCCAGAGACUAUAAAAUCUAAACUUAAUACUUCAGUAGAUACUCACAAGAUAAAAUCCAGCCCAUCACCUGAAGUUGUUAAACCCAAAAUAACUCAUUCUCCUGAUUCUGUAAAGUCUAAGGCCACUUAUGUGAACAGCCAAGCUACUGGUGAAAGAAGACUGGCAAAUAAGAUAGAACAUGAGCUAUCAAGAUGCAGUUUUCAUCCAAUUCCUACUCGAAGCAGUACAUUAGAAACUACAAAGAGUCCUCUUAUCAUUGAUAAAAAUGAGCAUUUUACAGUUUACAGAGAUCCUGCACUUAUUGGGUCAGAAACAGGAGCUAAUCAUAUUUCACCUUUCCUAAGCCAGCAUCCUUUUCCUCUUCACUCCUCAUCUCAUAGAACCUGUUUAAAUCCAGGUACCCAUCAUCCUGCCUUAACUCCUGCACCCCAUUUACUAGCCGGAUCAUCUAGUCAAACUCCAUUACCUACCAUUAACACUCAUCCUCUGACUAGUGGUCCACACCAUGCUGUUCAUCACCCUCAUUUACUUCCCACUGUGUUACCUGGAGUGCCUACUGCCUCUUUACUUGGUGGCCACCCACGACUAGAGAGUGCUCAUGCCAGCAGCUUGAGCCACUUAGCACUAGCACACCAGCAGCAACAACAGUUGUUACAGCACCAGUCACCUCAUCUUCUUGGACAAGCCCAUCCUUCUGCUUCAUAUAAUCAGCUUGGACUUUAUCCAAUUAUUUGGCAGUAUCCAAAUGGAACACACGCAUACUCAGGACUUGGUUUGCCUUCUUCUAAGUGGGUUCACCCAGAAAAUGCAGUUAAUGCUGAAGCUUCAUUAAGGAGGAAUUCUCCCAGUCCUUGGCUACAUCAGCCCACCCCUGUGACCUCAGCAGAUGGUAUUGGAUUACUUAGUCACAUUCCUGUCAGACCUUCCAGUGCAGAGCCUCAUCGGCCUCUUAAAAUUACAGCCCAUUCCAGUCCACCAUUGACAAAAACUUUAGUAGAUCAUCAUAAGGAAGAAUUAGAAAGGAAAGCUUUUAUGGAACCAUUACGGUCUGUUGCAUCCACAUCAGCCAAAAAUGACCUGGAUCUAAAUAGGUCACAGACUGGAAAAGAUUGUCACUUACAUAGGCAUUUUGUGGAUCCAGUAUUAAAUCAAUUACAGAGGCCACCCCAGGAGACUGGAGAGAGGUUAAACAAAUACAAAGAGGAACACCGUCGAAUUCUUCAAGAAAGUAUUGAUGUUGCUCCCUUUACAACUAAAAUCAAGGGACUUGAGGGUGAGAGAGAGAAUUAUUCCAGAGUGGCAUCAUCAUCUUCCAGUCCUAAAAGCCAUAUCAUCAAACAAGAUAUGGAUGUAGAACGCUCAGUAUCAGAUCUUUAUAAAAUGAAGCACUCAGUGCCUCAGAGUUUACCCCAAAGUAACUAUUUCACUACAUUGUCUAAUAGUGUGGUCAAUGAACCACCAAGAUCAUACCCAUCCAAAGAAAUUUCAAAUAUUUACGGUGAUAAACAGAGUAAUGCCCUUGCAGCGGCAGCAGCUAAUCCUCAAACUCUGACUUCAUUUAUAACAUCUCUUUCAAAGCCUCCACCUUUGAUUAAACACCAACCAGAAAGUGAAGGUUUAGUAGGCAAGAUACCAGAACAUCUUCCUCAUCAGAUUGCAUCUCACUCAGUAACAACCUUCAGAAGUGAUUGUAGGAGUCCUACCCAUUUGACAGUUUCUUCUACAAAUACACUCCGCAGUAUGCCUGCAUUACAUAGAGCACCAGUAUUUCACCCACCAAUCCAUCACAGCCUGGAAAGAAAGGAAGGCAGCUAUAGUAGCCUUUCCCCUCCAACUUUAACUCCGGUGAUGCCAGUAAAUGCUGGUGGUAAAGUUCAAGAAUCACAGAAGCCUCCAACUCUAAUACCCGAGCCAAAAGACUCUCAGGCAAAUUUUAAGAGUUCUUCAGAACAGAGUUUGACAGAGAUGUGGAGACCUAAUAAUAACCUCAGCAAAGAGAAAACCGAAUGGCAUGUGGAGAAAAGCAGCGGAAAGUUACAGGCUGCUAUGGCAUCUGUCAUUGUGCGUCCAUCUUCUAGUACAAAAACUGAUAGUAUGCCAGCAAUGCAGUUAGCUUCUAAAGAUCGAGUUAGUGAAAGAUCUUCAGCUGGGGCACAUAAAACAGAUUGCCUCAAACUAGCAGAAGCCGGAGAAACUGGAAGAAUCAUUUUGCCAAAUGUGAUUUCAGACAGUGUUCACACAAAAUCUGAAAAAAACUUUCAGGCUGUCUCACAGGGCAGUGUUCCCAGUUCAGUCAUGUCUGCUGUAAAUACGAUGUGUAAUACCAAAACGGAUGUAAUCACAUCUGCUGCUGAUACUACCAGUGUUUCCAGCUGGGGUGGUUCAGAAGUAAUUUCCUCUUUAUCAAAUACCAUUUUGGUGUCUACAUCAUCAGAAUGUGUAUCUUCAAAAAGUGUCAGUCAGCCAGUGGCUCAAAAACAAGAAUGCAAGGUCAGCACCACAGCAUCAGUUACAUUAGCCAGUAGUAAGACAGGAAGUGUUGUUCAACCCAGUUCUGGGUUCUCAGGCACAACUGAUUUUAUCCAUUUAAAAAAGCACAAGGCAGCAUUGGCUGCAGCUCAGUAUAAAAGUAGUAAUGUCAGUGAGACUGAACCUAAUGCUGUAAAAAAUCAGACACUUUCAGCCUCCCUUCCUCUGGAUAGCACUGUAAUCUGUAGUACAAUUAACAAAGCAAACUCUGUAGGAAAUGGGCAAGCUUCCCAGACAAGUCAACCAAACUACCAUACUAAACUGAAAAAGGCCUGGCUCACCAGACAUUCAGAAGAAGAUAAAAAUACUAAUAAAAUGGAAAAUUCAGGGAAUUCUGUAUCAGAAAUUAUUAAGCCAUGUUCUGUCAACUUAAUAGCCUCUACAUCUAGUGAUAUACAAAAUAGUGUAGAUAGUAAGAUCGUAGUUGAUAAAUAUGUAAAAGAUGAUAAAGUCAAUAGGAGAAAAGCCAAAAGAACUUAUGAAUCUGGCUCUGAAAGUGGAGACUCAGAUGAAAGUGAAAGCAAGUCAGAGCAAAGGACUAAAAGACAACCUAAGCCAACUUACAAAAAGAAGCAAAAUGAUUUGCAAAAGAGAAAAGGUGAAAUAGAAGAAGAUUUGAAACCCAAUGGAGUUCUCAGCAGGAGUGCCAAAGAAAAAAGUAAACUGAAGUUGCAAAGCAACAGUAAUAAUACUGGCAUUCCUCGUUCAGUGUUGAAAGAUUGGCGUAAAGUCAAGAAGCUGAAGCAAACUGGGGAAUCCUUUUUACAGGAUGACUCCUGCUGUGAGAUAGGGCCUAAUUUACAAAAGUGUCGAGAAUGUAGACUUAUUCGCAGUAAAAAAGGAGAAGAACCAGCUCACUCGCCAGUAUUUUGUAGAUUUUACUACUUUAGACGGUUGUCAUUUAGUAAAAACGGAGUAGUUAGAAUAGAUGGUUUCUCUUCUCCUGACCAAUAUGAUGAUGAAGCUAUGAGUUUGUGGACACAUGAAAAUUAUGAAGAUGAUGAACUAGAUAUAGAGACUUCUAAAUAUAUCUUGGAUAUAAUAGGUGAUAAGUUCUGUCAAUUAGUAACAUCUGAAAAAACAGCUUUGUCCUGGGUGAAAAAGGAUGCCAAAAUUGCCUGGAAAAGAGCAGUGAGAGGAGUCCGGGAGAUGUGUGAUGCAUGUGAAGCAACAUUGUUUAACAUUCACUGGGUCUGCCAAAAAUGUGGAUUUGUGGUCUGCUUAGAUUGUUACAAGGCAAAGGAAAGGAAGAGUUCUAGAGAUAAAGAACUGUAUGCUUGGAUGAAGUGUGUGAAGGGACAGCCUCAUGAUCACAAACAUUUAAUGCCAACCCAAAUUAUACCUGGUUCUGUUUUGACAGAUCUUCUAGAUGCCAUGCACACUCUUAGGGAAAAAUAUGGUAUUAAAUCCCAUUGUCAUUGUACUAACAAACAGAAUUUACAAGUUGGAAAUUUUCCUACAAUGAAUGGUGUAUCUCAAGUUUUACAGAAUGUUCUUAAUCACAGUAAUAAAAUUUCUCUGUGCAUGCCUGAGUCUCAGCAGCAAAAUACUCCUCAGAAGUCUGAGAAAAAUGGUGGCAGCAGCCCAGAGAGUGAAGUAGGCACAGAUAACAAGUUAACUCCUCCAGAAUCCCAGUCACCACUGCACUGGUUAGCAGAUCUUGCAGAGCAAAAAGCCAGAGAGGAGAAAAAAGAAAACAAAGAACUUACCCUUGAAAACCAAAUUAAAGAAGAAAGAGAACAAGACAACUCUGAAUCUCCAAAUGGCAGAACAUCACCUCUUGUGUCCCAGAAUAAUGAACAAGGCUCAACCUUACGGGAUUUGCUGACUACAACAGCUGGAAAGCUACGUGUGGGGUCUACAGAUGCUGGCAUUGCCUUUGCCCCAGUAUAUUCAAUGGGAGCCCCAAGUAGCAAAAGUGGACGGACUAUGCCUAACAUUCUUGAUGACAUAAUUGCUUCAGUUGUUGAAAACAAAAUUCCACCAAGUAAAACCUCCAAGAUAAAUGUAAAACCAGAGCUUAAAGAAGAGCCUGAAGAAAGCAUAAUAUCAGCAGUGGAUGAAAAUAAUAAAUUAUACAGUGAUAUACCACAUUCUUGGAUCUGUGAGAAGCAUAUUUUAUGGCUUAAGGAUUAUAAGAAUAGCAAUAAUUGGAAGCUUUUCAAAGAAUGUUGGAAACAAGGACAGCCUGCAGUGGUUUCUGGUGUGCAUAAGAAAAUGAACAUUAGCCUAUGGAAGGCGGAAUCAAUUAGCCUUGAUUUUGGAGACCACCAAGCUGAUCUUCUGAACUGCAAAGAUAGCAUCAUUUCAAAUGCCAAUGUUAAGGAAUUCUGGGAUGGUUUUGAAGAAGUUUCAAAACGGCAGAAAAACAAAAGUGGAGAAACAGUUGUUUUAAAAUUGAAAGAUUGGCCUUCAGGAGAAGACUUCAAGACUAUGAUGCCAGCAAGAUACGAAGAUCUUUUAAAAAGUCUGCCAUUGCCAGAAUAUUGUAAUCCAGAAGGAAAAUUCAAUUUGGCCUCUCAUUUGCCAGGAUUUUUUGUACGUCCUGAUCUAGGACCCAGGUUGUGCAGUGCCUAUGGUGUAGUCGCUGCUAAAGAUCAUGAUAUAGGAACAACAAAUCUCCAUAUUGAAGUUUCUGAUGUUGUAAAUAUUCUAGUCUAUGUUGGCAUAGCAAAAGGAAAUGGCAUUCUCUCAAAAGCAGGAAUUCUCAAGAAAUUUGAGGAAGAAGAUUUGGAUGACAUUUUAAGGAAAAGAUUGAAGGACUCAAGUGAAAUACCUGGUGCUCUGUGGCAUAUUUAUGCUGGGAAAGAUGUUGACAAGAUAAGGGAAUUUCUUCAAAAGAUUUCAAAAGAACAAGGCCUUGAGGUUCUACCAGAACAUGAUCCAAUACGUGACCAAAGUUGGUAUGUGAACAAAAAGCUCCGUCAAAGGCUGCUUGAAGAAUAUGGAGUCAGAACCUGUACUCUUAUUCAGUUCCUUGGUGAUGCUAUUGUUUUGCCAGCAGGAGCACUUCAUCAGGUUCAGAAUUUUCACAGCUGUAUUCAGGUAACUGAAGAUUUUGUGUCUCCAGAACAUCUUGUAGAGUCAUUUCAUUUAACACAGGAACUGAGACUUUUGAAGGAAGAAAUCAAUUAUGAUGAUAAACUACAGGUUAAAAAUAUUUUGUAUCAUGCAGUCAAAGAAAUGGUGAGAGCCUUGAAGAUACAUGAGGAUGAAGUAGACGAUAUGGAAGAAAAUUAAGUGUGAUCCAGUUUGAUAUUUUUAGGUUGUUGAACUGGGAUUCCUUAACCUUGAAUGAUGAUAUGUAUGCACACUGACUUAAGCUUCAUAAAACCAUCAGUGCCAAGAAAUUAUCUUUGUAGUAAUUACUUGUUACUGACACCACAGCAGUAUAGCAUAUGUCACAGCUCCUGUGAUUAAAUAUUAUAAAACAAGCAGAAUUUUAAAAGCAGCACUAUAUGGCUGUUUUGUAUUAUAGUGUAUAUGAUGUUUGUGAAAAUGCCAGAUUUAAAAUGAUGUAUUUAUUUUUGGUAAAAAAAUAAAAAAUUCUAUGCUAUAUUGUUGAUCAAGUGUAAAUGUGACCUUGUACAGUUUACUAAAAUUACUGAUAUUUUUCACUACAUUGAGACAGUUACUGUGAGAACAGGACACAAACACCAGCUAUUGCCUGCAUCUGGGAAAUUGCUGAAUCGCACAGCAGUCAUGUCAUAGUCAGAAAAUUACUGCCAAAUAAUUGUAAAAUUUGUAAAGUAUAAAGUAUAUAAAGUAGAUACUAAAUACAGACACUUCAAUAUUUUGUUGAAGCUAUUGACUGUACAAUUAAACAUUUUCAAAAGGUGUAAUUUAUUUAAAAUUGUCUCAUUUUGGUAAAAUUUAUGUGAACUUUUAAAGCUAAAUAUUAAACUUAAUAUGCUAUGUAAAUAUAUACAUAUAUACAUUUAAUGAUGUAUUUUUUUAAAACAUUGGCUUGCUUUUGUUAAAGUGCAAGUGUUACAUAUGGCUUUGUACAUUAAAGUUGAAAGGGGUUUUACAUUUUCCAUUAAAAGGACUUUAUCAAAAAUU